UCAACAUUUCUUCUUAGCGACGCUCGACCUUCUCUGUAGCUGGUUUCAUCGUCCUUCUGGUGGAGUGUCAUCCUCUGUCCUCAUUUGAUCUGCUGUGCUGUAGAGGAAUUCACAAUGGAGAGGAAAUUUUUCGUGGGUGGCAACUGGAAGAUGAACGGAAAUAAAGGAAAAAUAGAUGAAAUUUUAAAGAACUUGGCGUCAAGUGAUCUGUCCUCCUUCACGGAUGUUGUAGUUUCUCCCCCCUCCAUUUAUCUGGAUUAUGUCUGUAAAGCUGUCAAGCCAGGCAUUUAUGUUUCAGCUCAAAACUGUUACAAAGUCGCCAGUGGAGCUUUCACAGGAGAAAUCAGCCCUGCUAUGAUCAAAGACAUUGGCUGUAGCUGGGUGAUUUUAGGACAUUCUGAAAGGAGAAAGAUUUUCCAAGAGAGUGAUGAGCUGAUUGGCGAGAAGGUAGCUCAUGCACUGUCAGAAGGAUUAAGUGUGAUAGCCUGUAUUGGAGAACUUUUGUCAGAGAGAGAGUCUGGAAAAACCACAGAAGUUGUGUCAAGGCAGCUUAAAGCCAUUGCUGAUAAUGUUUGUGACUGGAGUAGAGUGGUUAUUGCCUAUGAACCAGUUUGGGCCAUUGGCACUGGAGUCACGGCUACUCCUCAGCAGGCCCAAGAAGUCCAUCAUCAACUGAGAGGUUGGCUUACAGAUAACGUUUCAGCUGCUGUCGCCAGUUCAACUAGAAUAAUUUAUGGAGGUUCCGUGAACGCCAAGAAUUGUAAAGAACUGGCCAAGGAAAGUGAUGUUGAUGGCUUCCUGGUUGGAGGAGCGUCUCUUAAGCCGGAGUUUGUUCAGAUCAUCAAUGCUAGGUUGUAAGAAAACUUAGGUUUAGUCACAGGCGGCCCAAGCAUCGAAUUUUAUGCGAAAGUACGAGCCGUUGAUAAAAGGAGAAAUUAUUAAAAAAAAUUAAAGAAAAAUUAAAAAGGAUAAUAAGAGCGAGAAAUAUAACGUCGUUACCUUUUUUCCGUAGCUGCUUUGUCGUAAAUGGUCGUUUUAAACUCUGUUUCGGCGACUUAAUCUUUGUAACCCGUGUGGUCCUACCAGUCAACUGUGGACAAAAAAUACGGUUGUCUGGUGGCACCACACGUUAUAUUCUUCGCUUUUAUUAUCCUUUUUGAAUUUUCUUUAAUUCUUUUGUAAUUUGUCCUUUUUUAACGGCUCACGCUUAUUCCCAUUAAUGAACUUAAGACCCCGAAAUCACACACAGUACGCUUGCGAAGCCUGUAGUUUAGUUUGUCGAAUUUACGCUUGAAGGAAUAUGGUGAUAAAACUGAAACUCGCUGUCUGUGGGAACAAUAAAAAUUAAGAGUAUUCAAUUUA